GAUCAUGACAAGUCGUGGGUUUCUGUGGAUCUGUUUUCUGCUGGCGACGGCUCCAGCUUUGGCCAAGCCAACUUCGGGCGCGGAUGAUCCCUUCGCCGACGACCUGGACUCGGAGUAUGCAAACCAAAUUAUCCGGCAGGCCAAGGUGGCCGACAUUAAGAACAUGAUGAAUCCAGAGGUGGCGCCUUGCGAUGACUUCUACAACUACGCCUGCGGCAACUGGCAUCGCCACAAUCCAGCCCAAAUACUGAGCCAUGUCGUUACCGAUACAUUCCAGGUGAUAGCCAAGGGAUUCGACCGCCGUCUCCAGCGCCUGCUGCGCUCCAACGAGCUGAAAUCGGAGCUGGAAAAGAAGAUGCAGCGCUUCUAUCUGGCCUGCACCGCUUUGAAUCGUGACGAUGUGAGCUUCAAGCUGGCUCUGGAAAAUGUCUACCGGGAGUUUGGUGACUUUCCGGCCCUAGCCGGUUCCCAAUGGAACGCAACCGACUUCAGUUGGUGGCGAACUGUGGCCCGGAUUCAGCAAAAGUACGGCAAACAGAUCAUCCUGGGGGUGGAUAUAAUGCCUGAUAUCCGUAACACGUCGGUUAAUCGUGUUUACCUCGGACCCGUGGCAAUGCAGCCCUCUUCUUCGGGCUUCAUCAAUCUUCUGGAGAAAAGCACCAUCGCCAGGGAUCUGCACAAUUAUUUGGGUGUAAGUGGUCCCGUGGCGAAGCACACUGCCGAGCAGCUGCAGGAGCUGGAGAAGAGUCUGCAAUCAGGUAGCUCGAGUGGCAAGUCUCUCGAUGAACAGCUUUCCCUUUACACGCUCGACGAGCUGCAAGAGAAGUACGGCGACCACUUGAACUUCACCGAGUUCUUCAGCCUAGUGCUAGGCGAUGAGCAUGUCCCGGAAAAGCUCUACGUCAAUGAUGAACAGUUUUUGGACAACUCACUCCUCACGAUGCGGAGCACUCCCCUGGCCACACAGGCCAACUUUGUGCUGUGGAAUCUGCUGCAGGACUACCUGGCGGACUCCAAACCCACAGAGCUGCCCAAGUGGUGCACGGAGCAGACCAAGAAGUACUUCGGUCCGCUUGGGGAGCACAUGGUGUACCAGCGGUAUCGGAGUCCUGACUCGGAGGCGGAGAUAACGCGCAUCUGGAACGAGGUGAGAGGCAUCUUCAUGGAGCAGCUGAGGGGCGACAAACUGGACUGGAUUACAAACGCCACCAGGCAGCUGGCCAUCGAGAAGCUAAGCCGAAUGCAGCUGCACAUCAACUCCUACGAUAACGAAGACUUCGAGGAGUUCUACGGCGAGUUGGCCAUUGAUGGGCUCAACUAUGUGACAAAUCUCCAGCAGGUGCUGAUUUCAAAGGGCAGGAGGAACGUAAGAAGACUAGAUCAGCCAGCCCGUUCUUUGGAAGCCACCGAGAUUCUCGGCUUCACGCCAGCCUACAACAUCCAGGAGAAUAAUAUUACAAUCCCGGUGGCUCUCCUACAGCCGCGCUACUUCUGGGGCGACCAGUAUCCGGAGGCAUUGAAGUACGCCACUUUGGGCUACCUUUUGGCCCAUGAAAUGCUGCAUGGCUUCGAUGACGAUGGAAGGAAGUACGAUGGCGCUGGAAACUUGGCUCCCUGGUGGGACAUGAAAUCAAGCUACGAGUUUGAGGAGCGGCGCAAGUGUUUCCAGGCACAGUACCACGAGUACAAGUACGGCGGCUCCAAGCUGCCAGAGAGCAGGGAACAGUCGGAGAACAUCGCUGAUAAUGGUGGCAUAAAACUGGCCUACAAGGCCUAUCAGCGCUGGUUGGCGAGCCAGACGGAGGAGGUGCGUCAGCGAGAGACUCUGGAGGGACUUUCGUUCAACGGCGAGCAACUCUUCUUCGUGGGCUACGCCCAAUUGUGGUGCGACGACGUCCAUUCCUUAUUCAAAACCCCGCUUGCCGAGGCGGAUAAUCAUGCACCUUCCAUGUACCGUGUGAUCGGCUCUCUGUCCAACUUCCAGGAGUUCCCCUGGGUUUUCAACUGUUCGCAAACGGCGCGAAUGGAUCCAGAGUACAAGUGCGCCAUAUAUUAAAUCGGUUUUAGUAAAAUCUAUCUAUUCAAGUUGUUAAAAAAAGAAAGUGAAAUUCAAAUAAAUUAAUAAUUCUCA